AUGGCUCUGUUGUUCAUAAAGCAGAAGUUCUUUCCUGAUAAGAAGAAGAACCCAUCCCUCAAUGAUUAUAGAAAACCAUUGCUCGCGCAAGAUGAAGCCAGUCGAUUCCCUGAAGACCGUGACCAUGACACGGAAGAAGACCUCGAAGCCCAACGCUCCUACCGGACCUUUCGUCCCUCCUCGCCCGUCUCAGAAUCCUCCAGCACCAGCACCACCCGAUCCCGCAUUAACCCUCGCAUCGUCUCCGAUGCCAUUCUCGGCCUAUCUGACGGCCUCACUGUUCCCUUCGCGCUGAGUGCCGGUCUCUCGGCACUGGGAAACACCAAGGUCGUCGUGCUCGGCGGCCUCGCCGAACUCACGGCCGGCGCCAUCUCCAUGGGCCUCGGCGGUUACGUUGGAGCGAAGAGUGAAGCCGAAUCCUACGAAACAACGGUGCGAGAGGCCACGGAACUGGUCGACUCCUCGCCCAGUGAAACCGCCGCCAUCAUCCACGACAUCUUCUCCGACCACGGCAUCCCCGAGGACGCCAUCGCGCAGAUCAACUCCUCCCUGCACGCCUCCAGAGACCGUCUCCUCGACUUCCUCAUCACCUUCCACCACAAAGAAGCGCAGCCGGACUGCAACCAGGCCUGGAUCUCCGCCAUCACCCUCGCCCUGGGGUACUUUGUCGGCGGCUUCAUCCCUCUGAUCCCGUACUUCAUCGUCGACCGCGUCAUCCUGGCGCUCUACUACAGCAUUGCCGUGAUGGGCGUCACACUACUGGCGUUCGGCUACAUCAAGACGUGUGUGGUGCGCGGCUGGACCGGCCGGGAAAACAUCCGCGCAGGCAUCAAGGGCGGAGUGCAGAUGUGUUUCGUCGGCGGCGUUGCGGCGGGGGCGGCCAUUGCAUUGGUCCGACUCAUUGGCGACGGCUCAUAG